AUGAGAAAAAAAAAAAAGACGUUGCGCCGAAAUGUUAGGCAGAUUGAAGACCACCUCAAAAAAAUUGAACAGGAAUGUAGUCAGCUAAGCAAACACAUUAGGAAAGUUGAAGAGGAGAGGAAGGAAUUUGUAAUAACCACUGCUUUAUUAAAAAAGUACCACUCUUAUGUGGACAGUAGUUUGAUGAAUGGCGUCUCCAUUUUUUCCUCUAGCAGUGUCUUUGUGAAGAGUUGUGGGAUUCUUUUUUCAUGGAAGACAAUUUUGGAGGACCCCGACAAUGACACUGAGGACGCAUGUUGCAGUGGCUAUGCGGAGAGGCGUCAUUCGGACUACGCCAUGGGAGGGUCUCAUAUGAUCGUGGAGGGAGCACUUCACAGGAGGAACAAACUUCUUUGGAGGGAAGCGGCCUGGGGUUCCUCCCCCCCAGAGGUCGGCUACGCUGAUAGUUGUAGUUCCUCAUUUGGCCAUAACCGAGUGUCCAGGAAGAAGGUGAAAUGCGGGGCGGCAUCUUUUCCCCCUGACGGCACGAGUUGGAGCGACCGUUCGGGUGGCGCGCAUGGUUGCAUCAGCGGUCACGACAGCGGUCGGAGCAGCGGUCAGAGUAGUGCUGACAACAGUGGUGAGUUGUGGCGCGACUGGGGAAACGUGGGAAGGAAGGAAAAAAGUUUGAAAAAAAAAAACUCCGCAGUGAGGCCAAACAGAUCGUACUACUCUGGUGAGCAGGGCAACACCCACAAACACAGACUCCUCGACUCUUUUGAAGAGCGCAAAAAAGGAGGAAGCAAAGAGGAGGACACUGUGCAACACGACAAGCGUGAUGAGAGGAACGUGCCUAACCAGUUGAGUCACUUUACUCAUGCACUUGGAAAUGUAGGUAAAGGAAAAUGUGGGAAAUUUUCUGCGUCCCCCUUGCACCCAGGGGAGGGUGAUCAGCGCAUGCCCCGUCUCGGUUCACACAGCGAAAAGGAUAGCCAUGGCGAUGGCGAAAACGAUGAGGACGCAAGACAACACUACAAAAGUGAUGCCCACUCCUACGUGGAUAUGAUCAGGACGGGAAAAGUCUUCUCCUUGUUUAUGAACAGAACUCAGAACAAACACAGCAACCCCUUUUACCAUUUUGUGCACCGUGUAAGGAAAAUUCUCUUCCUCAGCGAAAAGGAGGGAGAUCAAAACGGAAGGUGCGCAAGUGAUAAAGAGAAAAACGAACUCAUGAGUUCGUUAAAAUUUACAUGCUUAGUGAAGUCCAAAAAAUUUGUAAUGUACGCAUGUGUGUGUCCACACUGCGAAAAAAAAUUUUACCUUUUGCUGAAGAAGAGCGCAAGGAAGAAAAUCAUGCCCAGGGUUUUAUCCCCCUCCCAAUUUGCCUCAAUAAUUACCCUCUUGAGAGGAGAGCAGUGGAGCGCUGGAGGAGAAGGGGGGAUGGCCACGUCCACGGGGGGAAAGGAGGACAUCCCCCACCUGGACAAUCAAUCGGUUGAAUAUAUUUGCGACUCCGUGAUGGCCCCCCACGAAAGUGGCGAGAACAGCGGCGAGCACUUUUGCAACUGCUAUGUGGGGAUGGACGACGGAGGAGGCGAAGGCCUGUUUGGGGACGCCAACGUGUUGGCCUAUCUUCUCUUCGUGAAGCUCACCUUCUACAAACGAGUUCGAUACACCUUUUACCAAAACUAUGUAGAGCAAAAGCUGUCCCUGUACUCGGAGGAAUCCUUUUACUUCUCCUUCUAUGACGACAUUGUGAACGCGGAGACCUACCUGGAGGGCAUCAAGCUGCUCAUACACGAUGACAGAAGCGAGUACCCCAACACGAUUAAUGCCAUUCGGCGCUUCAACAUAUACCCCGAAAUUAUCCUUGGAACCGUCUGGAGGGCGUUUAAUUUGAAGGAGAGGUUUUUAACUCCUUUCAAUUUUUACGUCUAUGCAGUUUUGCUUUCCCAGGCUGCCAGCGUCAGCACCUUAUUCUUUUUCGCCGUUUAUUUGGGACGCUCCUACAUUUCGGGGGUCAUUUUUUUGAUGCUGUUUUUUUCCUGCUACAGGGAAAAGUUCAUCAUGCGAUUGUCAGCGUUUCCACUGAGAGAAAACUUCUCCUUAGUCUACAUGUGGUGCAACAUCUUACUCAUUUACACGAUUUUGCGCGAGAGCAAGAAGAGACGUACCGCCUACCUCGUCUGCCUCUUCCUGUCGUCGUUCCUUUUUUUCAUCACGUGGCAAUUUUCCGUUUUCGUGACGCUGACCCAUGUGGUGGCUCUGUUCGGACUAGACCUACUAGGAUUUGAUAUUCAGAAGGAGUUACACAGCAUCCUUGUCACAUUAUCCUGCUCCUACACAUGUUCCCUCCUGGUGACCUUCUUCCCUCGUUAUUUGAUGUGCACCUACCUGCCAUUCGUAUUGGCUUCGCUCAUUAUCACGAAUGCGAUUUACCCACGGCGAGGUGGCAAUGCCCAUGAUGGAAGACGUGAACCCGUUUCUAACCUAAAGGAUGUUGCCCCGUGUCAGAUCGACCCCUCUUGCACAUCUCCCCUGCAGUUCUUCCCCCACUUACGAACCAAAGUAGGGUUCAUUCUACAGAAGGGGUUCACAUCUAUAAUGAUUUUCCUGCUUCUUCGACUCACCAUGGUUGGAAUGGAGAAGGAUGACUCACAUGUUAUGUCUCUUUUAAAAGUGCGUCUGCAUCUAAGUAGCCACAACUUCGAUAGCAUGAUCUAUAGUUUGGGUUCAGAAUUCAAUCCUUUUACUAAAUAUAUGUUUAACAUGAUAAAGGAGACUUCGCUGUACGAUUACUUCAUAUUUUUUAAUUUGAUUCUGCUACUCUACGUGGUGAACUAUGUUAUACAUAUUUGGCGAGCUAGACGAGGGAGGAAUGCCAAAGGGGGGCGAAGCGAUAAAAGGGAGAAAAAAGAUGAACAAGGAGGGAGCGAUAAAUUGGCUAGCUACGACAAAGGGGUAGAUGUCCGUUUCGAAAUUUUCCAUGCACAGUUUCUUUACCUCAUCAUCCAAUUCAUAUUUUUCGCCUUCCUCAUGUUGAUAAUUUCUCGCUUGCGUGUCCUGGCCCUACCCCUCAUGUGUUUGCUUAGUAGUCUAGUGGGGUCUCCACACUUGCUUGGGGACAUCUACAGAGUCACAAGGGAAAAUUUGUUCCACCUCGGGGCCAGCAAGAAGAACCUAUCCCGUCUGGUCAUCCAGGCGAUCUGCCUCCUCGA